UCUUAUCUUAUCAGAUUUAAACCUCCUACAGUUGAGCCGUUUUCAAAAGACACUCCGUUCCAAACUGGUCCACAACUUCCUGACCUUCCCAGAGUCGGAGAGCAGCAGUCGCCUGAGCUGAGAUUUAAACCAAAAGGACGUUUUUUCAUUCCAGAAAUCGGCCGACAUGUGUACUGGAAAGUGUUCCCUCUGCAUUGCGGUGACGCUGUACCCGCUGGUGCUCAUUUCCAUCAUCUGUAACAUUGUGCUGUUCUUUCCUGAUGGAAGCGUCCAGUACGCCAAAGAUGGACACAUUACAGAUGAGGUGAAGUACAUGGGAGGAGUGAUUGGAGGAGGCAUACUGGUUCUGAUCCCUGCACUUCACAUUCACCUGACUGGGAAGCAGGGCUGCUGUGGAAAUCGCUGUGGGAUGUUCCUAUCUAUCGCUUUUGCUGCGGUGGGCGUGGUCGGUGCCCUGUACAGCUUCGUUGUGGCCGUGUUAGGCUUGCAGAAUGGACCUUUGUGUAAAGUAGUACUGGUUUGGUCGAGGCCUUUCAAAGACAGUGACACCAGUUACCUGACCGACAGCUCGAAGUGGUGGAUGUGUACCGAGCCUGAGAACAUCGUCCAGUUCAACAUCGGACUGUUCAGCACUCUGGUGGUGACCAGCGGCCUGCAGAUUAUCCUCUGUGCCACUCAGAUGAUCAACGGGCUCUUCGGAUGUCUGUGCGGCGCCUGCAUCAAGAAGGAGCCAGGGAUGAUCUGAAGAUGUAAAACCAGCAGCUGCUGCGAGUUUCUCACUGGCGCCCCCUGCUGCAUCCUUUAACAAUAAGAACUGCAGAAGGCUGCAGAAAGCGUCAAAACUAAAAUUUGGAUGUUUUUGUCCAGUUUUUGCUUCCUGCUUUAAUACUACCUUGCACUUAUGUUCAACAGUCUCUGUAUUGAAAGAGUGUAUCAUUUUGCUUAGAAGAGACUCAUUUUAUACCCAUGUACAGGUUUGCAAUUGUAUUUUAUGCCAUUAUUAAAUUAGGAUAGCAUUCUCAGAGACUGAGGAUAUGAAACACUGGACCUUCUGAGUCGUUUGAUUUUUACCUGCACCGUAAAGAAGCUGCUUUUAAGCAGCUGUUGAGUAAAUUUAGUGACAGAAGUGAAGUCAGCUCAGAGAACCAGGAUAAUCCUGUUUUUAUUUUAAAGAAAAAACAACUUUGUGACAUUUAUGUUCUAGCCAAAAACUUUAUUGCACUUAUGGUGAAAGAAAUUAUAUCAUAGUUCGACCUUAUGCGGCUUUAAAAAAAUGCAGCUAUGUUUUUAUCAUUUAUUUUUAUCAAAAAACUGUAACAUCUGUUUUAUAGUGUUUAAUUGUUAAAGUGAUUUCCUUAAAGAAAAAAAAUAAAAUACAUGGAAACUC